AUGCAGAGAACGUUUACUACAGCCAGUACGAACAACUAUCAUCAGUCUAGACCUCGAUCGCAUUAUGACACAUUAAAUGUUCGAUCUCAUGCUAGACACGAGACAAGAGAGCACGUGACUGCUACAGCAGAUUUUUGCUGUACGAACCCGAUCAUAAACGAAGAUUUUCAGGAAGAGAAGAUUGCGGAUGAACAAGACCAUAUCAACUUUAGUAGUGCAAGGCAUAAGAAAGCUGCCGAAAGUGCGAAACGUAAAGCUCGAGGUAAGAAAGAAGCUUUGGCAGUAGAUGCGGCAAGACCAAGACAUCUGGAUGAUUCGUUCUCGCCAAUUCGUCCGAUGCGUAUCCAAACUUUUGUUAUACAGGACGACGAUGACGAGAAUGAUGAUCGACACGAUACGUCUGGGAGUAAAUUCCAACAGCAAGAUGCUGCGCAUCCUCAGGACCCGGACCAGGCUAAGUCGCGAAAGCAGAGUAUUUCCGCAAGCUGGACGUGCUGUGGCUAUUCACAUCCGCACGUGUUCUUACGGCUGUGCACUGUUUUGGUUGUUGUGCCUCUUGUCGUCUGUGGCUUGAUUCUUUGGCCGGUACUUGCAGCAGCGAUGAUGACGACAAUAUUACUGUGUGUCUGCUGCUGUGAGCAUGCGUGGCUGUCCUACCGCAUCCACUCGCGAUUAAUCAUUACCUACCAAUGGUAUGAAGGAAAAGAAGGACCAACUGAUGCAGUAGAUUCAAUUGAGCCCAGUACUCGCAGUGAGGCAGCUCAAGUAUGCGGGUAUCAAGAAGGUGAACGACAUUUCAGCGAUCCUUUCGCAUCGUCCAGUCUUACAGACCCUUUCACAUCGUUCCCUAUCGGACGAGGUGCACUUGGUUCUGAGGAUAGGAAUACCAGUGUCUGGACUUUAAAAGACACAGACUUCUCUGACAAUUCAAUUGAUGCAGCUGAUCCAGCGGUGCGUUUGAAAUCACUCUCGGCUUUGAGUUUGCUGGAUUCGGAAAGUCCGCGUGGUAUACUGCUUGGUGCGGCAAAUUACCUUUUCUGUGAAAACUUAUGGUUGGCGCGUGUAUCAGUUGCUGUCUUCGUCACCGUUUGCUGGUCGCUUGGAGCUACAAUGAUUUUACCAUUGAUUCGAUUCCCUGUUGCAAGUCUGCCUCACAUUAUUGCCUCAGCUCCCUAUUACUUCUGGGUGGUUAACUUUGUGGCAUCGCUUUGUGCCGUAUGCUGCCCCACUUGGCCUCGCGCAAUUUCGUUGGUCGUGCAGAAGUCUGCUUUUGAGAUUGUGUUGUUGAAUGCGCUUCAUUGUCCAUUGGCAGCUUCUGUGAACUGCAGUGCAGCUCCAAUUACGUCGCUGCAAAGCUUUGCAUUGGGUGCCAUGACGUUGAUGAUGGUUCACUCUCUCUUUGCUCGUGAACCUGCCAACCUCGUGGUUGGGGUGAUACUUGACUUGAUGGGAUACGCCUACAUUGCUGGAGCACUGGGACUACUAAUUACAAUGAUAGAUUCAAGCGACCGCAAGUCCGCGUGGGCAAUGCUUUGGCUCGGGAUGUUGAGUGCGAUGUGGACGGCACAGUUUGCUGGCUAUGUCUGUGACCACCUAAUGUCCUGCUUUCAGAUUCCUCACAUGCGGUUGCUGCCAUCACAAAUUAUCGUGACACUAAACGUGGAAGCGUCAAUAUGUGCAAUUGCGGCUAGCAGUGUUGUUCUUAUCUAUGGUGGAGCUGUCUUGAAUGUGCCCGGUGAUGUACUGCCCAAGGUAUUACUCGCUACAAGCAGUGUGUUGAUGGCACGCUUUGGUCAGUUGGUUCUUACGAUAUUGAAGAAAGCAGCAGGUGUGCAUUGGAGUGGUUGUUUGUUGCCAGGUUUUGGUGGAGCAUUGGAUGGAGCACAUGCAUUGUUAUUUACAUCAAUCGUAUUUGUCAAGUAUUAUCUGUACAUGAUUGCACGACAGACAAGUGACAUGGACGACCAAGACGGCGGUGAUGAUUUUGCAUCAUGGGCUACUGUUACAUUUAGUACCGACUUGGGUAGUUGA